GUUCACCACUCCGCGACGGCUACGUUUUACGCUCCUAGUGAGCUUGCAGGCUUAGGCGGGAUGCACCGGGAGACCAUCCGGUCCACUCCACGUUGGUUUGGGCAGCGCCCGCAGUUCGACACCGUUCUGAUCCAAACUGAUACCAAUGCGCCUGGAAUGCUUGGAAUGACGGUGGCCAGAGUGCGUGCCUUCCUUUCCUUCACGUACGGGCACAUCCGCUACCAGUGCGCGUUGGUUGAAUGGUUUGACUUGGUCGGCGAGGAACCCGACCCGUUGACGGGCAUGUGGAUGGUUAAGCCUGAGAUGGCUCAAGGGAGGCCUGUCACCCGCAUUGUCCCAGUUGGUUCAAUUGUGCGGGUGUGCCAUCUUAUUGGGGUGUACGGCCGGACCAAGAUCCCGCGUAGCUUUCAUUAUGCGGAUACAUUGGACGCGUUUCGGAUGUUCUAUGUCAACUGGUUCAUUGACUAUCAUGCACAUGAGGUU